GUAGUGUAGUGUGGCUCUGAGAGCACGUUAAUUUAGCCACCGAAUUCCGUCCCCGUCCGAAAGUUGUUUGCGGACGAAGUAGCAAGAAACGAAUUGUAUUAAUAAACCAUUAACGGUGGGGACCACCAACCCACCGAGAGUGAGCGCCACCUUUUGACGAUUUCGACCACGGUUGCGAUGUUUUACGUUUCGGCGAUGUUUCAUGCGAUGUUUUGAACAAACGUCAAAUGAAAGGUAAACAAUCGAUCUGAGUAAAUUUUGUUUUCUUUGUGAUAGAAUCAAAAGCUCAACAAUGGCUUCAAAGUAUCAAAUGUCGCCGGAGAACAUCGAAAACUUUGUGCAUGAGAACCUAAGAGAGGACCUCCGCGUGUGUGAAAAGCAGCUGAAUGAGAUAAAUGCCGAGAUUUUGGAGUACGUGCAGCUUAAAAACAUGAUCGAAACGAUUCUUCAGAACAAAUCCACCGCGGAAGGCUUCAAGACGCGUGUGAAUAUUGGCGGCAACAUGUUCAUGAAUGCCCGUGCCGAUAAAGUGCAGAAUUUGCUGGUAGACGUUGGACUGAAAACUUACGUUGAAUUCACCAUCGACGAGGCGCUUCGGUACGUGGACCUGCGAAUUCGGGUGCUGACGAAAAAGGCGGACGUUGUUCGGGAUAAAAGCAUAGAAACGAAAGCCAACAUCAAACUGGCGCUUCUAGUCAUCGGUGACACGAAUAGACUACACGCAUCACAAAGCGACCGGUGAACGAAGACUUCGUAUUGAAGACAAGUA